AUGUCCUCAACUACCACUCCCAACUUCCCAAUCGUGUGUCUUGGAAACCCACUUUUGGACAUCCAGGCCACUGUAGAAGACGAAUAUUUGGCUCGUUACGCUCUUAAACCCAACGAUGCCGUGCUUCUAGAUGCGUCAACCGAAGAACCACGCAUGGCAAUCUUCGACGAACUGGUGCAACACCCAGACGUCAAGUUCAUUGCCGGUGGUGCAGCUCAAAACACAGCUCGUGGUGCAGCGUACGUGCUGGGCAAGAACCAGGUUGCGUAUUUCGGCAGUGUGGGCAACGACAAGUUCUCCGCUCAAUUGCAAGCCGAAAACGACGCAGCUGGCGUGGCUUCCUACUACCAACAACAGCCCAAAAUCGGCACCGGUAAGUGUGCGGCUUUGAUCACGGGCCACAACCGCUCGUUGGUCACUGACUUGGGUGCAGCCAACCAUUUCACUCCUGACCAUUUGGAUCGCCACUGGGACGUUGUGGAGGCAGCUAAGCUGUUCUACGUUGGUGGAUUCCAUCUCACCGUGUCUCCAGAAGCGAUCGUCAAGCUAGGCCAGCACGCGCAGGCCGCGGGCAAGCCCUUCGUGCUGAACUUGAGUGCGCCUUUCAUUCCGCAAUUCUUCAAGUCUGCGCUAGAACAGGUUUUACCAUACACCACGUAUGUGAUUGCCAACGAAUCCGAGGCUGCCUCUUACUGUGAAGCGUUUGGCGUGGAAGCCAAAUCUGACGACUUGACUGCUAUUGCCAAGCACAUCGUGGGCGACAGCUCCAACCGCACCGUCAUCUUCACCCAUGGUCUUGAACCCACCGUUGUUGUGACCCCACAGGGCGUCCACACCCGUGCUGUCAAGCCAUUGGCCAACGAAAAGAUCGUCGACACCAACGGUGCCGGUGACGCCUUUGCUGCCGGUUUCAUCGCUGCCCUUGCCCAAGGAAACGAUCUCGACCGUGCUGUUGACGUGGGCCAGUGGCUCGCUGCUUUGUCUAUCCAGCAAAUCGGUGCUUCGUACCCAUCCGAAAAGCUACAGUACGGCCAAGCUUGA